AUGGCUACAAACAUCCGAUUGAAGGACCCAUCCUUGCUGGUCGGUCAAAACUACAUUGACGGGAAAUGGGUCGAGGCGGUGUCUGGAAAGCGAUUCAUUGUCACAGACCCUGCGAGCGGCAAACUCAUCGGAUCUUGUCCAGAGUCAGACACUAGAGAUGCACAAGGAGCAAUAGAAUCGGCAGCAGCGGCACUUCCUGCCUGGCGCUCUCGAUCUGGUCGAAACCGCAGUCGCCUUUUGCGUCGAUGGUACAACUUGGUCAUGGAGAACAAGGAGGAUUUGGCUACAUUGAUCACCUGGGAAAAUGGCAAGGCUAAACCAGAUGCUGCCGGCGAGGUUCUCUUUGCAGCCAGCUUCCUUGAGUGGUUCUCAGAAGAGGCCGCGCGGAUCUAUGGCGAUGUUAUUCCACACACUCAGCCCAAUUUCCGAGUUUCUGUUCUGAAAGAACCCAUUGGUGUCUGCGGUCUUAUCACGCCCUGGAACUUCCCCGCUGCUAUGAUUACGAGAAAACUUGGCCCUGCCUUGGCGGCUGGCUGUACAGUUGUCGUCAAGACCGCAGGCGAAACUCCCUUUACAGCCAACGCCUUGCUCAAGCUCGGCGAGCGGGCAGGAAUACCUGCAGGUGUUAUCAAUAGCAUUGCUGCGUUGGAAAACACGCCUGAGAUUGGCCAGGCCUUGUGCUCCUCGAACACUGUGCGCAAAAUCUCCUUUACUGGAUCCACUCGGGUCGGAAAGCUGCUCAUGCAACAAUCGAGCAACUCCUUGAAGAAGCUUAGCCUGGAGCUUGGUGGUAACGCUCCGUUCAUUGUCUUUGAAGAUGCUGAUCUCGGUCUGGCAGUGGAUGCGGCGAUCAGUAGCAAGUUUAAGUCCUCUGGACAGACAUGCGUGUGCUCCAAUCGGAUAUUUGUCCAACAGAGCAUUUAUCCGGAAUUCAUCAAAAGACUUAAAAGCGCAGUGAGCCAAUUCCAAGUUGGUAAUGGCUUUGACGCAAAGACCACGCAUGGCCCUUUGGUUACCCCCGCGGCAGUGGAGAGAGUUGCCCGUCUUGUGGAUGAUGCUGUGAAGCGCGGUGCAAAGGUGGAAAUUGGGGGGAAGAGAAGGUCUGACCUGGGUCAGAACUUCUUCGAGCCUACUAUCCUCACCAAUGCGAGCCCCGAUAUGUCUGUGGUCAAUGAAGAAAUAUUCGGCCCGGUGGCCCCCAUUUUCUCCUUCAAGACGGAAGAUGAAGUUGUCGCUACCUCCAACGCGUGUGAUGUUGGAUUAGCUUCGUAUAUCUUUACCCAGGAUGUCACACGCGCAAACCGAGUUUCGGAACUCUUGCAAUUUGGCAUGGUGGCCGUCAACACAGGUGUCAUUUCUGAUGCUGCUAGUCCGUUCGGCGGAAUUAAGCACUCAGGAAUUGGCCGUGAAGGAAGCAAAUACGGGAUUGAUGACUAUCUCCAGACAAAGACUGUGGUCACUGGAAACAUCAACGUGGUCCAUAAAUCUUCUCUGUAG